GAGUUUUAUAAUAUGUUUAUCCACUAAAUUAAUUAUUUAGUUAUUAAUUUUUUAAAAGUAUGUAUUUUCUUCAAUUUGUAAUGAAAUAUUAUUAUUUUAUAUCAAAAUUUUCUUCUUUUUAUGGAUCAAAUCAGAGAUCUGGUAAAAAUACGGAUUUUCUGGAUAUCCAAAACACCAGAUAUCUUAAAAAUUACGGAUAAAAUCGAAUCAAAAAAUCGAUUGCUCGUACCGAGUGGAAUGGCUUACGGAUAAUCACUCCGUGUACACCCUCAAUUUGGGGCCUAUGGCAACUAUGCCUAUUCAGAUACACAGUAAGCACAGCUCUGCCCACGACAUCUAGUGGUUUGGCACUACUUCCUAACAAUCUCCCAAAUUUGAUAUUUAUAUCAUAUAUCUUAAUAUAGUUUGGCCUGCAAACUUAGCAUCUUUCAUGUCAAACGCCUUCUAUAUGUUAUACUAUCAAUAGUGGAAUCAAUAAUGAUAAGUUAAGCUACAACAGGGUAAAUAAUAAAAACCAACUUGAUAUAAUUCAGCCAAAACUAGAAACCACAACUCCUCCAGAUUUUUCUAUUUAUAGUUCAUAAACUCUUUUCUUCCACUUAAACAACCAAACCACAUAUGGCUUCCAAAAAACCUGUUAACCGCCCAUCAGUUAGGCACCCGAGUCACAACCAUCCAUUGCGCGUCUUUAAGGCCCAAAAUGAAGAUGAGAUUAUCUGUUCAGGAUGCGAGCUCGACCUAACCGGACAAGCUUUCAAGUGUACGAAGGACUGUGAUUACUUCUUGCACAAGUCAUGUUUUGACCUACCUCGUGAAAUCAAUCACAAGUCUCAUCCUGACCAUCCCAUAACCCUGUUUUAUUCCCCAUCUUAUGAUCAUCAGUCUUACGAGUGUGACGCUUGCGGUGAGUACGGAUCAGGAUUCACUUACAAUUGUUCUGUGUGUAAAUACGACGUUCAUGUCGGAUGUGCUUUCAUCCCUGAGACCGUGGAUCGUGAAGACCACAAACACCCACUCACUCUACUUUACAAGAUUCCAUGCGAAGAUGGCAAGAUGUACGUAUGUGAUGUUUGUGAAGAAGAGGUAUCGGAGAAUCUUUGGACUUAUUACUGCAAAGAAUGUGAUUACGGUACGCAUGUGCAUUCUUGCGCCCUUGAUGAAGAUUAUGAGAAGGAAGAGGAGGAGAAUCGAGAAUCCAGCUCCGCGGCUUCAAGGAUGAAGUCGUUGAUGAAGGCUCAAGACGAGAUUGCGGCGAUGAAGCUCGAGUCACGUAUGAAGAAAGCCGCUAAUAAUGCUAUUAUUUAUUCCAUAAGAUGAUGAUGAAGCUUGUCAUUGUUCUUUCUUUAAUAAAUUUCGUUUAUCGUGUCUCAUUGAAAGUUUUUUUUCUUAAAAUAAUAAUAAACUGAUUGAACAUAUAUUAGCUAACUUUAUAGAUUUUUAAAUUUAUGGUUUUUAUGUAUUUUAGUUAUUUGUAAAUUGUAUUAGUGGUUGAUAUCGGUUUUUGGUAAAAAUUAUAUGAAAUCAGAAAGUGGUAUGUUAAGAUACAUUUGAUUUGAUAUUGGGCCUCUCUCUCUCCCUUCCCUCUCCCUUCUCUCUACCAGAAGUUUCAAAACCCUAAUUUACUGCCGUUCUCAGCCGGUGGUGGCCUCCGGUGGUUUCUCUACCGCCGCCGCUGCCGGCUGUCUCUCCUCCUCUCUCUGUUUCCCUCUUCUCCCCUGUCUCGCCUCAUUCUUCCUCUCUCUAGCUCCGCCGAUAUACUCUCCAUUGUGGUCUCCCUCCCCUCUCCGGCGUCACUGUCCGGUGGUGAGGUUUCUGGAGCGGUGGUGAGGCGCGGCUGUGAGAGUGAGGUUUGGUGGCUCUUCCGAGGGUGAAUUCGAGACAUUGCAUUAGAUCUGGCCAGAUCUGCUAGCAAGGGUGGGCGAUGGUGCUCCGGUGGUGGUGUUCUGGGUCUCCGACGCUUCCUUCGGCGUUAGUUAGCUGUGGUCGAUACAAGAACCCUCGUUCUCGGUUGGGGUUGCUCGUCUUUGCGAUCUCUCUCCAAAUCCAUCUGUCUCUCAUCACCAGUGAGAGGUGGCUGGUCAUGGAGUCGAUUUUGGAUCUCAAUCGGGUGCUCUGGUGGUGGUGAUGAUUCUCUGCCGGCAGUUUCUCCAUGAAGAUUGCUGCAGCAGCUCCUUGUGGCUAGAAGGCUUUGCUGCCUGGAUCUCGAGGUAAGACUGGGCUCUCUUUCUUCGCUAAAUCAGAGGUGGCGUUCUGAUGAUGCGGGUGGCUGGAGCUUCUUUAUGUGGUGAAGGGUCAGGCUCCGGUUCUCGGGGUCAGGCUCCGGUUCUCGGGGUCAGUCGCUCGCGCGGGUUAUUGUUGGUCUAGGUUGUUGUAGUCGUCCUUGGUCUGCAAUCCCGGUGGCAGCGAGUGUUGCUAGCGCCUCUGAAGAUAGGGUGUAGUUCUGCGGUUUCUUGCCCUUUGGUGUUAGCGUCCUUUUCCCCGUGCAGAGUCUGGUGGAUUUGGUGGGUUAUCAUCCAUUAGUCUUUCCAAAUAAGAGCGGUUUCAGGCUGAAGUCUGGGUAUUGGUGGAUCCAGUGGGGGUCUUAGGGUUAUUGGAGUAGUGUGGUGCCUCUGAUCUUCAGGUGGGUGAGUAGAGGUGGCUGUUUGCGGUGUUUGGUGGCUGCAGCUUCGACAGGCUCUGGUUCGUCAGUUUGCCGCCUCGGUGCAGUCCCAUUGUCGUCUACUGUGACCUCCUUGUUCCGAUGGUGUCUUUGCAUCUGCAGGUGGUAGGGCUUUGUAGUGAGGCUAUUUUUUUGGAGGCGAGUGCCUGGGCAAGCCAUUAUAUAUCAGCUCGUUCUCAUAUGUUUACUAGUGUUUUCACUUGAAACUCCUGAUCAUGCGUGUUGCGCUCUCCGACCAAUCCUUUUAAGUGCUUCCCGAGUGGUCUUUCCUCUAACUCUUGUUUUCUAAGCCUAAAUCGUGUUUUUCUUAUUGUUUUUUCGUUGUUGUUAUAUGUAGUUUCUUUCUGUUGUUGUUUCUGCUACUAGUUUGUCAUUGUAACUUCUGUCACAAAUUUGAAAAUGGUAAUACAAGCUUAACAUGUUUACCAAAAAAAAAAAGAUACAUUUGAUUUAGCAAGACAAUAACUUAAAUCAAAAUAAUAAAAAUGUAAUAGGACAUAUUUUGUGAAUAAAAUAAUAACUUAAAUCAAAAUCUAUAUUAUGAUAGUUGAGUUUUUGCUCACUCCUCAGCGUGCCACGUCAGCGUUUUAUGGGCCCCACUUUUAAAAAGUGUGAAAAAGUGUCAAGCCCAUGGCUUGAACCCGGGUUAUUGAGAUAUAAACACAAACAUUUAUACUACUAAGCUAAAGGAAACUUUGUACAUUGAUGGUCGAACCUAAUAUAUAUUUAUGAAGGUCAGAAGCCGUUGCUUCUUCGGCUUCCUCUGAGAGCCGAGACUGCAAGUGUAUUAUGGAUUUCAUUUUUAAAUGAGAUUCAUCACGUUAUAUGAAGAACCAUAUUGUAAACUGUCGUCAUUUAACAUGAGUUAUGGUUCUUUUCAUUUUUGUCUCAGACAAGUCUGAGUUACAGAGUUGCGUCGUGUGUCUGUUCGUAAUCUAUUUUUUCACCGGUGAACUUUUCAUCUCGCCAUCUUAAAUCGAUUGAUCAUAAACAUUCCUGAUUUUUAGCCCCCUAUAUAUAUGAUUCUUAUCUUUGAUGAACCCAAUCUGCAUCUCCAUAAAACUCAUUGAUUCCACUUAGCUUUAACCAUCUUCUAGAAAAUGUCUCUCUCUGCCUCUCUAGUUCCUCAAACCGGCGUCCCCGGCGUCCGUCACUCAACCUUCGAGUUUCUCUGUCUUCGUCGUAGUAAUCAGAGCAUAGCCUCUGGCCUUCUCCCCUUCUGAGAUUCCCUGAACUUCAAGAAAGACAGUGAGUUUAUGGGAAUCACAGUUCUCUUCCUUGAUUAAAAGACAAGUAAAUCUUCAAUCUAUCACACUUAUUUAACAUAAUUAUUUUUAAUUGAUUUCCUGAUUCUUUGUUGUAUAAUAUUAUUUACAGAUUUCGUGAUUCAUGGGUUUAUUCCCGCCGGAGUGCUAAUCAUUACAUGUAAUCUUUGAAAGCCGGUUCCAUUGUGAAAGUCGAUAGUUUUGAGGUUGCUAGAUGCUCAAGCAUGUACAAGAUAACUGAUCAUCCAUUCCUCAUUCGUUUCAUCUCACCAACCAUUAUUGAUGAAGUCACCACGGGUGCUCCUGAGAUCAAUCUCCAGUCAAGAUUAGUCUGUUCGACAAUCUCCAAGUUAUUGCAAACACAAACCUAGAACUCCCAGGCAUAUUAUCAUAUUGCAUACGAGUUUAUAUUAUGUUUUUAUAUCAUAACUGAUAUUUAAACUCGCAGAUGUGUUUGGGCAAAUCUGUUCUAUCCAGGGCUCUGACCUCACCAAAGAAACAACUCGAGUCGUUAUCUGUCUCCUCAUUGAUCCGUAAGAAACAACCAACACACAAUUCUCUUUAUAUUACUGUCUAUAUUGUGCUAACAUCAAUAAUCAAAAAAAUAUUUCCUACCCAAGAUCUGUGGUCGUCUAUUUAUAUCCCUUACUUAUCAAACUAAUUUUACACAAACCUUUAUUUUACGGCUUAACAGAAACACAACAAGCCAAACAAUCAAAACACCAAAAACUAGAAUCUCAAAAAGACGAAUCAUUAAUGAUCACCUCUCUUUUUUGUCUAAUCUUACAAAUAAACUUCAAACAAAUAUAC